CAGUCAGUAGAGCAGUGUGCCGCUGGAGAGCUCUCUCGUCGACCGAAGGCUCCAGCUAAAAAUACGUGACACCUAACGUUUCAAUUUUUUUCAAUUUUUAUUUAUUAACUUCUCAUCGUCUUGUCACCUCAAGCAAGAUGUAACUGGUUGACAUCACCCCAAGAAUAUUAAUGCAUUUGAAAAGAGCCGGGAGCGAGUGCGCAGAGACGAGAAGCCGAGCUGUUUUGGCGAAUGGAACUUAUUGUUGUGCAUUUGUUUUGACUAUGUUAGCCCCAAGUGAGUUUGGGUCUAGUCCGUCUCUGUCCGUCGUCGACCCUUGAAUUUUUUGGGAUUUAUAUCCGAAUAGUUUAAGGGGAAACAUCGAAGGAGGAUUCUGCAAAGCCAGCAAGCUUUUCCUACAGAGCCGGGGAUUUAAAUCGUCAUUUGGUGGUGCUCCGGGAGAGACGAGAAUCAAAGAAAGAAAUUCAUGUGGCCAUUCUCUCUAUAGCCAAACAUUUUUUGGGGAUUGCAUAAUGAGCAAGGGACGACCUAAGAGGAAUAUCAUUCAAAAGAAAUAUGAUGACAGUGAUGGCAUACCGUGGUCAGAGGAGCGUGUUAUGCGGAAGGUGCUUUAUCUCUCCCUAAAGGAGUUUAGGAGUGCACAGAAACGGCAGCUGGAUGGUGACGGAACCCCAAACUCCAAUGGUUCCCUAGCCAAUGGGCAGUUGAACGGCUCCGGGUCAAAGGGCGGCCACAAGGAAGAUGGGUCCUUGCGCUCCCAGGGCCAUGGCAGUCAUGAGUACUGUGAGGACGGUCCUGCAAAGAAGAGACCUCGGCUCCAAGCCCAGAGGAAGUUUGCCCAGUCGCAGCCCAACUCGCCCAGCACUACGCCCGUCAAGGUGGCCGACCCAGGCAGCCUGAACACCGCCCUAGCUACUGUGCCCUCCACGUCCCUGUCAUCACUCUCCUCUUCGUCCCUGUCCUUGUCAAUUCAGGACCUGUCCAGACGUAAGCCCAAGACGGAGGACUUCCUCACCUUCCUCUGCCUCAGAGGUUCAUCGGCCCUGCCCAGCAACAUGGCCUACUUUGGAAGCUCCCAGGAGGAGGAGGACCUGGAGGACGAGGAGGAGGACGAGGAGGAGGAAGUGAGGAACGGAGGUGGGAUCCACUCUCACAGUGGGGGAAGCAACAGCCAAGCCUUGGCCUCCUCCUCCUGCCACUCGACACCCCGCAAGGGCAAGCUCCCCGCCAGACAGCCGCUUAAUGGGCAUGUUUUCAACAACCAUGGUAAAGCUGGGACCAGGGAGAGUCCGAGGCCCAAGGCGGGAACUUACGGCAGGGAUGCGCCUGCACCACCACUGCCACCUCCUCCGCCUCCACCUCCGCCCCUCCUGAGGGAGCGCAGUGAGCGGGCCGAGGCACGGGAGCACGCAAGGAAACAGCAGGCCCUGGCCAGCAGUAGAGGCUCAGCCAUUGGGCUGCCACCGAGGAGAGCUGCUGAGGAGCUACGCAAACAGGCCUCUAAAGUGAAUGGGCUGACGCGGGCGGGCUCGGCACAAGCUGUCGGUGGUGCCAAAAAGAGCCGUGACUUCCGACUGCCGUCCAAAACUGUGAAGAAAUACACAGCCACCGUGUCCAAGGGCCACGUCACCUACACCAAAGCCAAACAGAAAGAACUGGGCAAGAAAACCAAACUCAACAGCAGCAACAAACACAACAGCGCCGCCUCGACACCCUCGUCAGCGAACAAUCACAAUCAGCACAGCCAGCCAGCAGCCAGCAAUGGGCUGGCCAACUCAGGAAAAGCAGCGGCACCAGCCCACCACAGCAAUGCAAAAACCCGCAAACAGGUGCUAUUAUCCAAUGGGCUGCACAAUGUGGCUGCCACCGCCCGCCUCAACGGCAGGCUAAAUGGGCAGCGGCACAACAUCUUGACCAGGGAGGACGGGCAGAGACAGUGUCAGCAGGGGGAGUGCCCAGGUCGAGAGGGACUGCGGAACUCAAAGCGGCGUCUAGAGGUGGUCCUCAAUUCUGUGGGGACAGGGAUUGUUGAUAACAAAGCCAAAACCACUGGCACUGAAGCCAAGAAGGCCAAGCUUCAACCCACGCCCCUAGAGACACGCAGCAGUAAGAAGGCGGCCAAUCAAGAGAAAGCUGCCACACAAACCACCACCCCUACCACUCCAGUUUCUAAUGGACAUCAAUCAGUCACAUCCCCUGCUCCUAAACAAAGUCCUCCUGCUACCCCACUUCCGCCUCACACUACCCCUCCUCAACAAACCCCGCCUCCUUUUACACCAGCAGCCAAUUCGGAGCCGGUGAACCAGCGACCCAAGCGGGCAUCAGCCGGCAAGCUGAUGUUGAUUCGACAAGCGCAGCAGCAGAGCAGGUCUCACGGUCGGAGCUCCUCCUCCUCCUCCUCAUCCCCCUCAUCAGGCCAGAAUCAGCCACAGAACCCCAGUCGUACCAGCACUACCUCAGACCCCCAACAAACCUCUGUGUCCUCCUCCACCACCUCCUCUCUGCUUACAUCCACCAACAACACCGGACUCAAGCCAGCAGCUUUUCGGCCCACUGAUCGUGACAAGGAGUGGGAGCAUGAGAAAGAAAUGGCACGCCAAAAGGAGCGUGAGCAGGAAAAGGAGUGGGAGCGCCAGCGGAGCAGGCCAGAUGGAUGGGCAGCACUGAGUGAAGCCCCUGUCUUCCGGCCAGUGCCGCGGGAGUUCCAGGACCCUCUGGUGUACUUGGAUGCGGUGAGGGAACAGGCCGAGGUGGCUGGCAUGUGCCGCGUGGCUCCGCCACCCGACUGGAGGCCAGAGUGCAAGCUGAGCGAGGAGAUGCGUUUUGUUACACAGGUACAGAGGGUCCAUAUGCUUGGCCGGCGCUGGGGACCCAACGUGCAGCGGCUGGCCUGCAUCCGCAAGCACCUCAAAUCUCAGGGCAUUACCAUGGAUGAGCCUCCUGUCAUUGGUGGCUGUGAAGUGGACCUGUCACGUUUUUUCCAGCUCAUUAAUGACAUGGGCGGCAUGCAGCAAGUAAUGGACCUGAAAAAGUGGACCAAGCUAGCUGACCUUCUGCGCAUCCCUAAGUCAGCGCAGGACCGGCUGGCCAAGCUGCAGGAAGCGUACCUCCAGUACAUCCUCUCUUAUGACUCGCUCAGCGCCGAGGAGCGCCUGCGACUGCAGGCCGAGGUGCUGCAGGAAAAAAAGAACCUGGAGUUGCGCCGGGGCCCUCUGGAAGGACACUCGGACUCCUCAACACCUAGUGCACUGGUGCUGCCACGCUAUGAGCCCAAGAAUGGGCUAGUAGGUGGGAUAGUGGGAGGGGCAACAGGAAACCACCGCACCAAUGGAGUGUAUCACCAUCUGAAGGAACUGGAGGCUCAGGUCAAAGCAGGCCGGCGCCGGCUCUUCGCUCAGGAAAAACAAGGCAAAGAGGACAGGCAGCACGGAGAGGAGCAACAGCAGCAGGACGAGGAGGACAGGGGCGUUCUCAGUGACCAGCACAAAUGUAUUAACAAGGGGAAAUCUGUGUCUUUGACUAACUUCUUCAGGAUAGCCCGGAACACCAUGACCAUGUGCUUUAACAAGGAACCAGGGGCUGCUGAUGUUGAGGAAGAGUACUGGAGGAUUGUGGAGCAGAGAGAUAGCCAUGUGGCGGUGCAUUGUGGGAAGGUGGACACCAGUACACAUGGCAGCGGAUUCCCCACAGGAAAGUCAGAGCCAUUUUCAAAACAUGGAUGGAACCUCACUGUCCUCCCCAAUAACUCUGGAUCCAUUCUGAGGCACCUGGGUGCUGUGCCUGGGGUGACCAUUCCCUGGCUUAACAUUGGCAUGAUCUUUUCUACCUCAUGCUGGUCUCGAGACCAAAAUCGCCUUCCAUAUAUUGAUUACUUACACACUGGUGCUGAUUGCAUUUGGUAUUCUGUCCCUGCUGAGGAGAAGGCUAAGUUGGACAAGGUGGUCCAUACACUGCUUCAGGCCAAUGGCACCCCAGGACUAGAAAUGUUGGAAAAGAACAUCAUGAUCUCUCCGGAGGUGCUAUGCCGCGAAGGCAUCACGGUUUACCGUACGGUCCAGCGGAGCGGCCAGUUUGUGGUCUGCUACCCAGGUGCCUUUGUCUCCAAAGUGUGCUGUGGCUACAGCGUGUCAGAGACGGUGCACUUUGCCACACCGCACUGGAUGAGCCUGGGUUACCAGGCUGCAAAGGACCUGAAAUGUCGUCGUAUAGCCAAACCCUUUUCAAUGGAGAAGCUGCUGUACCAGAUUGCCACAGCCGAAUCCAAGAGGGACAAUGGCCUUCUCCUCACCACCAUCUCCGCCCUACUCAAAGACCUCAGGAACAUAGAGAUGCGCCAACGGCAGGAACUGUACAAGGCAGGUUUGCUUUCCUCUGCCCGCUACGGCACACAUGACGGCGGCCUAGGGCCCGGUGAGGGACGCAAGAAGCCCCGCGGGAAAUGGCUGGCACUGGAGUCCUCAGAGAGACGCUGCCAGAUCUGUCAGCAUCUCUGCUACCUGUCCAUGGUGGUUCAGGAAACUGAUAAUGUUGUCUUCUGUCUGGAGUGUGCCCUGCGUUACGUGGAGAAGCACAAGUCCUGCAGAGGCCUUAAGAUGAUGUACCGAUACGAUGAGGAGCAAAUCAACCGUUUGGUGAACCAGGUGUGUGGCCGGGCCAUGUUAAAGAGCGCAGGUGGUGGAGUGGUCGUCAGUGCGGUAGGGGGGGACCCCUGCCACGGCUUAAGCCCCGCCAAAGCAUCGCCGGCCAAGCGUGGCCCCCGAAAACGCACCACCGUGGAGGUGUCCCUGGCACGCCUGUCCUCCAGCCACAUUCCCAAGGCUGCUGCCGUGUCCUGAGAGGGACGCCACAACAUCACCACCCAGUAGGCUGUGCACUCCCAAACGGCCGUGUUUCGUUUCACAUUAGGCAGGAUCACUAUCAAUCCCUCCUCCUCCACCGCCACCCAGUUUUUAAGAUUGAUCGAUUGUUUUUGAGCUUUGAAAAUCCCCUUACCUGACCUCAGUUCUCCCCCGCUCCC